GUCAAAAAUUAGUAUCAUUGAUGGCAAUGAAGGAUUUCCAUUAGAAAAGUAAAUGGAGAUACCAAACUUGGAUGGACUUCAAUUCCUCCAAAGACAAAUAUGGGGAUAAACUAGUAUAUGAUAGCACUAUAAAUAUACAUUUCAGAUGCAUCCAUUCUCCAUUUCAGUUUUCGUAGCUACCAACAUGAAGCUUGCAGCAGCCAUCGACGCCUUUGAUUCUUUGAUGCCAUACGUACUCCACUUGGUGCUUCUAUACGUCUCUGCCGGUCUCUUUUACUUUCUUUACAAAUACAAAUCUAGCGGCGGCGGCCCCAACCCCAACCUCCCUCCUGGUAAAAAGGGUCUUCCAUACAUCGGUGAAACCUUGGAUUUUGUGUUGGCGUCCAGAAGGGGAACUCCUGAGAAAUUCGUGACUGAUAGAACUACCAAAUAUUCACCCGAUGUGUUUCGCACAUCACUGCUUGGAGAAGACAUGGCCGUCUUCUGCGGCUCCGCUGGUAACAAGUUCCUUUUCUCCGGCCAAAACAAAUAUGUCACUUCAUGGUGGCCGGAUUCUAUUAAGAAAGCUUUGAUGGACCCAUCCAGUGUUGACAAUUCUUCCAAAGAAGAAUCCACUAAACUUCGGGCCUAUCUUCCUCCUUUUCUCAAGCCUGAGUCCCUGCAACAUUUCAUACCAGUCAUGGAUAUAAUGGCGAAAGAGCACCUAAAUCAACAUUGGUCGCCGUAUAAUGAAGUCCAAGUUUUCCCACUCUCCAAGAAGUACACGUUCGCACUGGCUUGUCGUCUUUUCAUGAGCGUCACGGAUAACGACGAGAUCGAGAACUUCGCGAAGCCAUUUGCUCUUGCCACUGCGGGUCUCAUGUCGGUUCCCAUAGAUCUUCCAGGUACAACUUUCAAUCGGGCAGUGAAGGCAGGCAGACUGAUUCGACAACGGCUUUUAGCCCUCAUUACCCAGAAGAAAAAUGAGAUAUUGGAGAAAGGGAAAACAGUAGCCUCAGACUUGGUUGACAGCAUGCUGAUGGAUGGUAUGACUGAGGUUGAGAUCGGCAAUAAGAUUGUGGGCUUCUUUAUUGCCAGCCAUGACACAACAAGCACUGCCAUCACCUUCAUUGUUAGCUAUCUUUCGGAUUAUCCUGAAGUAUAUAACAGGGUCCUUGAAGAACAAAUGGAAGUAUUAAGAUGCAAGGAGGCAGGGGAGCCAUUGAGAUGGGAAGAUAUACGGAAGAUGAAGUAUACAUGGUGCGUGGCAUCCGAAGUAAUGAGGUUGGCUCCGCCUGCUAAUGGAUCUUUCAGAGAGGCCAUAACCGACUUCACUUACGCAGGUUAUACAAUCCCAAAGGGAUGGAAGGCGUUUUGGAUGGUGCAUACAACGCACAAGAAUCCGAAAUACUUUCCGGAUCCAGAGAGAUUUGAUCCAUCAAGGUUUGAAGGGAAUGGUCCUGCACCCUACUCCUUUGUACCAUUUGGGGGAGGUCCUCGAAUGUGCCCUGGCAAGGAGUAUGCUCGACUUGAAAUCCUCACUUUCAUCCACAAUCUGCUCACCACUUUCAAAUGGGUUAAACUCAAUCCCAAUGAGAAGAUUUCCUACAUUCCAUCACCCAUUCCUAAGGAGGGUCUUCCCAUCAAAAUCCAACCCCUUCUAAAUUAAUUGUUCCUAUUUAAUAACUUUUCCAUAAGUGAGUUAAAUAUCUCACUCUUAUUUUUAAUUAUCGAUGGGGUUUCAAAACUCUAUAAAUGCUUGAUGUAAUAAUAUCUUUUAAA